GGCCAAACACAUUGAUAUGUGAGACGGAGCCUUCUGAAAUAUAAUGUCUUCUAUGUUCUAGGUACUGAUUGGCUCAGAGGAGUGUCAGCAUGCUCAUAAUAUGUAUACAUAUUUUUGACUUACUACGAGCCUCCGUUGAAGUGUUGUACGCGAAAAAGUGUCACCCUUUCAUGCGUUAGUUUGAGAUAUUGCGCGCAGAAGUAUUUUGAUUAUGCAAUUAAUAGACGCGGACACAACGCCAACAACAAGAAGAUGAUGUGUGUGCUACGAACUGUAGGUUGCUUUCCUCCGACGCAAAAAAACUAGACGCUAGGUUAUAUAAGUAGUUAGGCCAAUAUAUAAUAUACGGGCAUAGUGGAAAAUCUGUGUUUGUGUACCUUUUCUCAUAGCGGGUCAUAUCAAUCAUAACCAUACUUCAUAUCUCAUCCCUAUUUUGUCUCUCUUCCUUUUUGUGCGUCCAUUUUUUUGCCAGAUGUUUAUAGUACAACCUGAAAGUCUUUGAACAAACAUCUUGCAUCCAAACGUGUUUGAACACUUGUUUCACUUAGGCUUGGGGCGUGCCCCAAGGUCUACAUUAGUUUGCGGACUUGCAUAUAUCCCUGCGCCAUUUUUUGCACGUAUGCGCGUUGCAUACGUGUGCCUAAGCAGUGUAUGAAAUAAAUCUGUGGAAAAUUUGUCUGAGCACAAUCAAUUUCGUUCUUCCAUUCUCCGCUAUUGAUCAGCUAUAAUAAUUAUGUCUGGCUGGCUCACUGGACGAUGCUUGGAGACCUCUCUUCAUUAUCUCCACUGACUUGCAGCGGUCUCUAGCUGAGCUAAGAAGCCACGUGCUAUUGACCCUCGAGUAAACACACCCUCACCGCAGACCGCGCGUGGGGAAUGAGUCUGAGAAAAAAGGCGUAGCUAGCUAGAUCAUCAGCCUAUGCGCUAUAUGUGCGCUCGCACGCCUGGCCCGUUUUACGCUGAACCACGCCUUUUUUAAUCGGGUGUGUGCGGGCCCGCGUUGGUCGUCAUUCGGACAAUAAGGCAGAACAGAAUGAUAUUUGCUCGGACAAGUGCCGCAAAUGCUCGGAAAAUUCCGAUGUCGGACUAUAAUUUCAUGCACUGCAUAGGUAAUGUGACUGUAUGUAAAGUGUGUAUUAUGAGGCAGUAGGCACACUAUUGACAGCUGGUUUCUUAGUAGCUGCAUGUCAGUUUUGGAAGAGAUAAAGGGAGCUUGUGAGGUACACUUCUUUUUAUGCCUCAGUGCAAGUAUACAGUAGUCGGUGUGUGUCUGGGAUACAGUAGGACUCAAAAAAAUGUUUCCAAUUUCGUUCCGUUUAGUUGUGAAUUCCGCGUGACACACCCUCCGCAAAUGCAGUAGAGACUCGCUAGCGGGGGAGCGAAACAAGAUCUUUUAUUAGCGUAAAUUUGAAGCAACGAGAAGGGAGUACCCACACAGGUGCUAGAAGAAAUAUCUUCACAGUGAGGCCUUGGUGAAUGACGGCCCUCAUGCGAAUGCAUGUACGGCAACGAUUCGAAAUGGAACGCAACGAAUUCCAACUGUAAAUGAACGGCGUUUCAGAAGGGAACGGAAGCUCAACGAAACGGAACAGAACGAAAUUGGAAACGUUAUUUUGACCCCUACUGUAUGUGCUCCCACGGUAAGAUUCAGGUGAUAGUUUCUGCAAAAUAUUGGAUUUAAAUUUGUCAUAAUUUCGAGGUAAGGCUUUGUUCUACAGUUUUACCUCAAAGGAACCCUAAUGUCCAGUACAACAUGUGGUUGGGUCACUUGACAUUGGAACCCUCAACCAAAGUGCUACAGGAUCAAGUCCAGUCUAAAAUCACUUUUUACACUGAGUAGUUUAGCUGGUGUUUAAACUAGUGUUUUGUUUCCUUCGAAGGGGAGAAAAUGUUGGACUGGAGCACCAUAACUGCAAACAAGUUCAUCACAGAGUUGACAGAAUUCCUCCAUAACAAUGCUUUUAGUAAUGAUCAAGAUUCAUCGAGAGAUAUGAAAACGGUAGCUGAAUUAUCAGAGAAAGAGCAGCUAGAGGCAGCAAUCAAAGCCUCGCUACAUGAGUCUAGACCUGAGACCAGGGACUUCCCCCAGGAGAAUGGUGACAGUGAUGAGUUCAUUUCCUUUGACUCUGGCGAUGAGGAGGAAAUGGAUCAGUGUGAGCCUAGUAAAAUGGAGCGUGAUGUAGUGAAGGACGGAGCAGCUUCAUCCAUAGACGUGACAGCUCAUCCUGAUCCUGAGUUUAAUUCUACUUUUGCCAAAGCUCAGUUAAGAGAUACAGCUAGAGAUCAAAAUUACUUUUCAGCAUCACCAUUUAAAGAUGAGCUUCUAAACAUACGUUACAGAAAACGGAAGUCUUCUUUUGCUGAAUGUGUUAGCAUGCCUUUAAAAAAGAUGCCACGCAGCAGCACCAUGCAAGAACAGCAGGAAGUGAAACACAGUGGAAAUGUUGUCACUGUCAAGGUUUCAGAACUGGCACACAGUCUGUCUUGCAAAGGGAAAGGGAAAAGUUCUGUGAGCAAAGGUAAAACGCCUCUAAGUGUCGAAGAGCAGCUAGAGUCUGGAAAGUUGCUCAAGGCUGAGGUUUCAAGGAUACUUAUUCGUCUACCUAAUGGCUCACGGUUGCAUAAAGCAUUUUUAAGCAACAGCCCAAUAAAGGAAUUAUUCUCUUUCUUGUCUGAAAGGGAUAUUGACUCUACCCAGCAUGAGAUCAUGACAAACUUCCCAAAGAGGUCACUUAAGGAUUUGAACCACUUUCUAACAUUUAAAGAAGCCGGUCUGUAUCCUAGUGUCACCGUUUUUGUGCAAGACUAGCCGUGUAUGUAUACCUGUUGUCACUUAUGAUCUAUUGCUCAUGCGCAGUGAGGGUUACGGCAGUUGUCGUGUGUCCCAACAUCUCACUUCAC